CGCCAGAUCAUGGGCCAACGUGAACUGAUUCUCACCGAAAGAUGUAAUCCAAAACAUUAAAAUGCAAACUUGCGACAUCCUCACUUGAGUACCCAUGAAAAAAUAAGGUGGAAUCAAAUGUUGUGACUCCCAACUUUGGUAAAAAGCUUGUAUACUAAUUUAUUGCUGAUGAUUAUUGCUUGUAUCCUCUAUAUGAUAUUAAAUAUCCUAAAUUGACUUAGUAACAAUUUUUUUUCUCACAGAAAUUCCUUCAACAAUGGCUGAAGCUACAACAGGAAAAUCUAUGUGGAGAACUACAGAGCUAAAACAAUCUGUUCAAACUACAAUAAGUACUGUAUCUGCUACAACCAAUAUCACACAUUCAUCUGACAGUAAUGGAAGGAUGUCGAUACUAUGGAUAGGCAUAUCCCUUGUUGUUCUUGCAAUCUGCAUUGUGCUUGCUGGUUAUGGUUAUAGAACCUAUCGCGGGAAACUGAGAAAUUGUUCAUUUACCAAUUAUCAACCACUCGUUGGGACAAUAACAUAUGGCAGGAAAGGAAUCAGACGGGAGUCCGAGGCAGACAGCCCAAUCUCCACUUCAACACACGAUCGAGGAGGAACCUCUGCAAUCUCUGGAAGAAUCACGGGUGGUUCAACCAGACAAAAUGCAGUGGGAAGUAUUGACAGGUCACCCAGUUCCAACAUAAACCCCACCAUUACAACAAUUGCUCUGAGCAAUGUGACACAAUUUGCAGUACCAGAGAAUACAUCUGAACCACUACAUACAGAUGCCCCACCUUUUCUACGCCUUACCGGUAGCAAUGCGUCAAGCCAGACGUUGCCGUCGCUUCAUCAAAAUAACCAAAGAAGCAUUAAUCAUUAUGUGUCCUCCCCCAGUGCCCCCAAUCCAUAUCACUACGCGUCUAGUCCCGAUAACUCAGUUGAUUUUGUAAGAUUGGAAGCCGCUUAUCAAGAACCAUCUUCUGUGGAGAUUUAUAAUAACGCAUACGAAGGUACAACUGAUGAUGUACAUUCAAAUAUAAUGCUGGAAAAUGUCAAUCCAUACCAUUAUGCCACUAGCUCCGCAAAAAUGGAAGUAGGUGGUGGUAGCACACUGAGUUAUGAAGAAGCCUAUCAAGUACCGUCUGCUAUAGAAAUGGCUAAUCAUGAAUAUGAAGGUACAUUUGAUGAUCAUGAACACUCAACAGCAGUUCUAUCUGGAGGUAUAUCUAUGGCAUACCGCCCUUUGCCACAUAGACCAUCCUCUGCUAACUGCAACGAAGGGCCAACUCUGCCUCCUAGAAAAUCAUCACGAGGCCCAACACAUUUUCCUAUGAAACAGAGGGAAAGUACCAUGGACACAGUAAACAACAAUUUUCCCCAAGCAUGCUCAUUAGUUUCAAAAGGAUUACGCCACAUACCCAAAAAACAUCAACAAGAAAAAGAAGGGAUGGGCCAAGAUAUGACCCCUUUCUACCAUACUCUCGAAAAAGAUGAACGAGCAAGGAGCCUAGGGCAAGAUAACCAAGGUCUAUAUUUGGGAGAAGGCCACCUGCCACACAGUGCACCAAUCAGCACAAAUUCACAGGGCAAUACUAUUCGUAGUAGAGUCCAUGGAAAUACUGACUUGACAGACACAGACAGGAUGAUUGACAAUGUUCUUUAUGUUCCUAUGACAUCUUGCCAAAAGAAAUAUUCACAUUUUUAGUACUCAGGACAAUCAAUACCGACCAAACCUACUGAGGAAACCAACUGAAUAUCACAAAGAAUGUCUUGUGCUUCCUGUAGUUAAAGGGAUGGUCCGAGCUGAAAAAUAUUUAUAUGUUAAUACAUAGAGUAGAAUUCACUGAGCA